AUGCCGUUGCCACGCAAUGCCAAGAUGCUGAGCACCAAGCAGCCCCGAGCAGGCAAGGUGGGUCCUGCUGUGGAGAAUGCCAACCCUGAGAAGGAGGAGAGCUGUCAGGCCAAGAGGUCUCCAUCCUCACCCCAGGGCGGGCCCAAGAAGAGGUCGGCAUUCGGGGAUAUCACUAAUGCUCACAAGAACCAGGUGGUGGCAGGGAAGAAGGAGGCUGUGAAAGUGGCACCACACAAGGCACAGAGGACCCAUGCUGCCCUGGGGGUGGCCAAGAACAAUGAGAUCAACCUGAAAAAGUCAAUGAAGAAAACUCCCCCGACAGAAGCUCCUGCAGAGCCCAAGAAGGAUCCUGUGCCAGAGGAGCCGGUGCCUGCGCAGGUACCAGCUGUGGAGGACAUAGACAAGGAGCAGUUGGAUGACCCCUACGCCAAUGCACAGUAUGCCAAGGAGAUCUUUGAAUACAUGCGGGGAAGAGAGGAGAAAUUCAUGCUCCCUGACUACAUGGAAAAGCAGCCAGACAUCAGUGGGGACAUGCGUGCCAUCCUGGUGGACUGGAUGGUGGAGGUGCAGGAGAACUUUGAGCUGAACCACGAGACGCUGUACCUGGCUGUGAAGCUGGUGGACCACUACCUGGUGGAGGUGGUGAGCAUGAGGGACAAGCUGCAGCUCAUCGGCUCCACUGCCAUCCUCAUCGCCUCCAAAUUUGAGGAGCGCUGCCCACCGUGCGUGGAUGACUUCCUCUACAUCUGUGACGAUGCCUACAAGCGGGAAGAGCUCAUUGCUAUGGAGAUGAGCAUCCUCAGCACCCUCAAGUUCGACAUCAACAUCCCCAUCCCCUACCGGUUCCUGCGACGCUUUGCCAAGUGCGCCCGUGCCACCAUGGAGACGCUGACGCUGGCCCGCUUCCUCUGCGAGAUGACCCUGCAGGAGUAUGAUUAUGCCCGGGAGAGCCCCUCCAAGCUGGCUGCCAGCUGCCUGCUGCUGGCACUCACCAUGAAGAACCUUGGUGGCUGGACCCCCACGCUGGAGUACUACAGCGGGUACCGCUCCCAGGACCUGCAUCCGCUGGUGAAGAGGCUGAAUUUCCUGCUCACGUACCAGCCCCACGACAAGCUGAAGGCUGUGCGCACCAAGUACUCACACAGGGUCUUCUUUGAGGUUGCCAAAGUCACCCCUAUGGACAUGCUCAAGCUGGAGGAGAUACUGAAGAGCUGCUAG